AUGUCGGAUUCGGAAGGAGAACUGGACAUUUUCGAAGAGCCCGAAGGGUUCUAUGAAGCCGAAAAAGAGCCCACUUUUGUAGAAUAUACUUUGCAAAGUGGUUUGAAGCUGAAUCUACGCCUGGUCGGGCACAAUCCCCUCUGGGGUCAUUUUCUCUGGAACGCUGGCCGUACGAUUGCUCUGCACUUCGAAUCAAACCCACACCUUGUCAAAUCCAAGACUGUCCUGGAGCUAGGCGCUGGUGCUGGCCUCCCUUCUCUCAUCUCAGCACAUCUCUCUGCCAAGCGCGUUGUUGUCACCGACUAUCCUGAUGCUGAUCUCAUUAUCAACCUUUCUUAUAACAUUGAAGCUUGUGCUCCCUCAUUACCAAUCGUUGCUAAAGGGUUUCUUUGGGGUGCUGAUCCGUCAGCUCUGAUUGAGGAGGUCAGGCCAGAUGAGGCCUUCGACGUUUUGAUUCUUGCUGACCUACUGUUCAAUCACUCCGAGCACAAAAAGCUUGUUCAGACCGUCACCAAGUCUCUGAAAAAGGAUGGUACCGCACUCGUCUUCUUUACCCCGUACAGACCAUGGUUGCUGGAGAAAGAUCUGGCUUUCUUUGAUCUGGCGAAGGAAAGCGGACUGAAGGUCGAUAAAGUUCUGGAAAAGGUCAUGGACAAGGUCAUGUUUGAAGAAGACCCUGGUGAUGAACUUCUACGUCGAACCGUCUUUGGUUACGAGCUGAGGUGGGCUUAG